AUGGCGGCCAGACACGUUUGCCUGUUCGCUGUGCUGGCGGUGGUGACCUACAUUCUCGCUGACCGCUAUGCCGUGUCGGACAUCAUCCCCUUCACGAUCAGGCUCACCCAGCUGGGCGCGCCCAAUAUGGGCGCGCGGCAAGAUGUGGGCAUAUCGACAGCACCGGCAGCGACAACAACGUCUCGGCCGGAAGGGGCGCUGUUCACGAAUGCCCCACGGCAGGUGGAGCCCCCAGAGACCACCUAUGUCGUCGCAGCGAGCGAUACGAGUGCGAGGCUCGCGAGCCUCUUUCAAGUCUGCGGUCUCUGCCCGGGCGGCAAAAAAAUCCGCCGCUUCGGCCCAGGUGGAUAUGCAAUCUGCGAGGAACUGCUGGAUUCGAGCUUGGUUCGUCUUGCAGGUGCCGAUGCCUGGAACAAGCUUGGCGCCAACCUCACUGUCCUGCGCCCGGACGUGAAAAUUCAAGUGAUGACCUGCGAACCUGCAUCCGUUGUCCCUCCGAAGGAGGUGCAACACGGUGAGGUGCUGCAUGCUACGCGUUCAUGCACGAUUGAGCAAGCCUGGUCACCCUAUCCUGUCGUUUUGGGAAAGGUACAGGUGUUUAACAAUAUCGGCGUGGCGAACCUUGGGCAAUUUGUCUGGAAGCACCUCUUGGACACUCCCGAAGCCUGGACACACUAUCGAAUGCUGAUACUGGAGCUUCCCUGGUUGGAAGAGCAGACGAACCACCUUCUAUACCUGCAGGCAAUGGAGAUGCUUUUGAAGGAGUUCCUUCUAGUUCAUGUGGAUGUGUCGACAUGCCACGGACGGUGGCAGAUCCGGUCGACAGAGGUCGGAAUGCCAAGGGUGGUGCAGGCGACUUUCGUUCGUAAAGAUCUGGCAGUUGCACAAACAUGCACGACCCAGCUGCUCACUGACUCUGGCAUUUGGGACUGCCCGGGCAUACCGAGGACUCUCCCAGCACCCUUCGGAUUGCUUGGGGCUCCCGGCCUGGGGGAGCCCUUGGGGCUCUUUCACGUCUAUGGGUCGCCCAUCGCUGUCCACGCAAGAAGCACGGUGGUCAACAGGAAGAUCACUCUGGAUCUGCUGAAGCGAUUUCGGCUCUGCCAUACGUGUCCAGAAGGCGAUGGUGAUUUUGUCCGCGUCGGUGGGGGCCGGGAUGGUGGGUAUUUGCUUUGCGGCAGCGCUGCGCGAAACCUUACUCUGGCGAUCUCCAUAGGCAUCCGGGGACUGGACCCGUUCGGGGCAGCCUUGUCUGAAGAAUUCGGGCCGAGGGUGGAAGGUUUCGACUGCACCGGAAACCCAUAUGCUUGCCCGCCGAGCUACAGCAGAUGUCGCUUCCACUUCAAUCCACUCUGCGUGGGUAAACCUUUCGAUGGCAUGCCUGCAAGCCAGUUCUUGAUGCUGCCCGAAAUCCUGGAUCUCUAUGCAAAACCGUCGGACGAGAUGCUUCUGAAGAUCGACUGUGAGGGCUGUGAGUGGAGCGUGCUGCCCCAGAUAGAGCCACGUGUCCUCCGACGGUUUCGCAUGAUCAUCAUGGAGGCACACUGGCUGGAGAAGCAGGACAAGCAUCCUGUCUAUGCAAAGGCCAUGGACGUUAUCCUGGAGCAUUUUGAUCUGGUUCACAGCCACGCCUGCAACCGCUACGAUGUUCUGCUGGUGAAUGGAACUGACUUCCAGCUGCCUCGAGUGUUGGAGGUGACCUUUCUUCGCAAGGACCUCACUGCUUCUGCCAGCUGCAGGAACUCGAAGUACCGUGAUGGUCUCGACAAGCCAAUCGCCAAUGUGCGCGAGCUCGACGCGACUGCUUUCCGACUGCCCCCAGCCGACUCCGAGACAGACGUCAGAUGA